AUGUUCCUCGCAGGCAGCGACAGUCCCGCUCCCAGUGAAGCCGUGUCCCCAGCUGCCUCCACUGCCCAGGACUCCCAGCCAUCUCCUCUUGCCCUCCUCGCAGCGACAUGUAGCAAAAUCGGUCCCCCCGCAGUGGAAGCCGCCGUGACUCCUCCUGCCCCUCCUCAGCCAACGCCUCGCAAACUCGUCCCCAUCAAACCUGCUCCGCUCCCUCUGGGUUCCGGUAAGAACAGCUUUGGGAUUCUGUCGUCGAAAGGGAACCUCUUCCAGAUCCAGGGCUCUCAGGUCGGCACGUCCUACCCCGGGGGGCAGCUGGUUUUUGCCAUUCAGAACCCAACUGUCAUCAACAAGGGCACCCGCUCGUCUGCCAACAUCCAGUACCAGGCGGUGCCCCAGAUCCAGACCGCGGGGGGACAGACCAUCCAGGUCCAGCCCAACCUCACCAACCAGAUCCAGAUUAUUCCAGGCACGAAUCAAGCGAUCCUCACCCCUUCCUCUUCCUCUCACAAGCCCGUGCCCAUCAAACCGGCUCCGGCGCAGAAGGGUGGGGCUUCGCCAGUGCAGGGCGCAAGCAACGUGGUCAAGUUAGCCGGUGGCAGCAACGUGACUCUUGCCCUGCCCGUGAACAACCUGGUGAACGCCGCUGAGCCGGGUGCGCAGGCUCAGAUCCUUGCAGAGAGCCCCUCGAAGCCCAGCAAAAAGACUCGAAAGAAAGCCAUGUCGCCUGCCCAGCCUGCCGCCGUGGCUGUGGCUGAGCAGGUGGAGACGGUGUUAAUAGAGACCAUGGCGGAGAACAUCAUCCAGGCGGGCAACAACCUGCUCAUCGUGCAGAGCCCGGGCUCCGGCCAGCCAGCCGUGGUGCAGCAGGUGCAGGUGGUGCAGCCCAAGCAGGAGCCGCAGGUGGUGCAGAUCCCGCAGCAGGCCCUGCGCGUGGUCCAAGCUGCCUCUGCCACGCUCCCCACCGUCCCCCAAAAAUCCUCCCAGAACUUCCAGAUCCAGACGUCGGAACCCACUCCUACCCAGGUCUACUUCAAAACACCGUCGGGUGAGCUGCAGACAGUGCUGCUUCAGGAAGCUCCAGCCAUGACGGUGGCUCCGUCUGGGACCUCUUGCAGCAGCCCAGUGUCCCGCAGUUCCGGCACGGGGGGCAGCAACAAGAAACCAGCCACACGCAAGGAACGCACUCUGCCAAAGAUUGCCCCCGCCGGAGGCAUCAUCAGCUUGAAUGCAGCUCAGCUGGCGGCCGCGGCGCAGGCCAUGCAGACCAUCAACAUCAACGGCGUGCAAGUCCAGGGCGUGCCUGUCACCAUCACCAACACCGGAG